AUGGCGCGCGCGGAGGCCGUGCCGGUCAGCGACGGGCGCUGGGCCGAGGCCGACGCGGCGGAGCUCGCGCUCUUCGGCGAUGGCAGCAGGCCACGUUUCGUGCCUGAGGUGGUGCUCAACCUGCGACCUGAACACUUCGUGAACAGCCGGGUCCUGUUCAGAACGGUGGACGAUCGACUGAGAGAGCAGCAUCAGUAUGAGGAACGGAGGCGUGCCCAACGUCAGCGGCAGGACCAGCACGGCCAGAACCGGGACCAGGCCCAGCACGGCCAGAACCGGGGCCAGGACGGCCAGAACCGGGACCAGAACGACUCUGACCUGGACCUGAUGGACCAAUAUGACAGCGAUGGAAGCCAGGAGGGCGACGAUCACCAGAGUCGGGAGGGCGACGACCACCUGAACCAGGAGUACUCGGACCGUGCCAGCUCGGGACAGAGGAGCCUGGAGGACGAGGACGAUUUGGGCGAGGAAGAAUCUGAAGAAUGGACCUCGGACGAGGAGAGCGGAGACGAGUACCAGGAUAGCCAGGACGAGAUGAGAGAGAGGCAAGGGAACAUCCGCCUACAAACAGAAAUCUGCGAAAAUGACUCGGAUUUGCUCCGGCAGAUGCGGCAGGCGGCGGCCUACCUGGAGCGCCACGAACAAGGCCACAUUGUGCUGAUGGCGCAGGGCGCGUUCGCGGCGGUGCGGCGUCGGCUGUCCGACGCCACCCUGCUGGCCGCCGCCGAACGCACCCCCUGGCUGACCCGAACGCAGCGGCUGCGGCGGCUGGCGCCGUACGUGGAGCCCCACUGCGGCAACCUGAUGCUCGAGCUCUCCAAGGCUUUCAUCCAGCUGAGCGAGAGUGAGCAGACGCGCACCAAGGCUGAACACAGCCGGGACAAGCUGCAGCGGGCCCGGGACGUGAUUAAUGACAGCUGGAAGCAAGCACGUCACAACGCCGAGAAGGCCCGCUCCGAGGCCGAGAAGGCCCGCUCGCGCGCCGAGCAGGCCCGCGCCGAGGCUGAGGCGCAGCGCAGCGAGAUCGAGAGCCGCUUCGCCUCCGUCGUCGAGCACUGCAGCUUCCACCACAGGCUCUUCGCCAUCCUGUCGACGAAGCUGGAGCGGAUGUCGGCGACGGUGGCGGGCGGCCAGCCCGUGACGCGCGAUGAGCUGCGGAGGCUGCGUAAGGUCGUGCCCAGCAUCCCACCCUGCGUCAUAUGGCCCAGGGCCCUGAAGAGGUGGGAGCGGGACGGGCGAUGCCUGUCCUGA